AUGUUGGUUGUUGAGAAUCUCAAGUAUGAUUCAUGGCGGACCAAUUAUUUUCAGAGAGCCACUGUCAUUUUCUCGGAGCUUACCUUGCUUUACGCGCUGAACCGGUGUGCACCAAGUCAAAUCUUCUUACUGAAAGAGAUUACCGCUAAUAGAGGGUAUUAUAGGUUUAUCAAAUCCGCACCUCAAGCCAACAAGCACCUUGCGCAUAUCACAAGUCUUUCGAUCUUUUUGUCUCCUGGGCUGCUUAUCAUUGACCACAUUCAUUUCCAAUACAACGGCUUUCUGUACGGUAUUCUCGUCCUAUCCAUCGUUCUAGCGCGCAAGCCAUCGACUCUACUAUACAGUGGCAUCCUGUUCGCGGUUCUGCUGUGCUUCAAGCACAUUUACCUUUAUCUGUCGUUAGCCUACUUUGUUUACCUGCUGAGGGCCUACUGUCUCGAUCCGAAGUCUGUCUUUCGACCCCGGUUCGGCAAUACCUUGAAACUCGGUUUGAGUGUCAUUGGCGUAUUCGGAAUCGCUUUUGGCCCGUUCGCUCAUUGGAACCAGCUGCUCCAACUGAAAGACAGGCUAUUUCCAUUCUCGAGAGGACUGUGCCAUGCUUACUGGGCGCCGAAUAUCUGGGCAAUGUAUUCCUUCGCAGAUCGCGUGCUAAUUCUGCUUGCUCCGCGCCUGGGCCUUCCGAUCAACCAUGAUGCUUUGACGAGCGUCACGCGCGGUCUUGUCGGAGAUACAUCCUUUGCCGUUCUUCCCGAGAUCACAAAGGAACAAACAUUCGCGCUGACGUUCUUGUUUCAAUUGCUUCCUCUGAUAAAGCUCUGGCUUCAUCCGGAUUGGAACACGUUUGUUGGUGCUAUUACUCUAUGCGGUUAUGCUUCAUUCUUGUUUGGCUGGCACGUUCAUGAGAAAGCUGUUCUCCUGAUCAUUGUCCCUUUCAGCUUGAUAGCGCUCAAGGACCGACGCUACUUCAGCGCAUUUCGGCCCCUCGCGGUUGCAGGCCAUGUUUCACUAUUCCCACUGCUUUUCACAGCAGCCGAAUUCCCGCUGAAGACCGUGUAUACUGUGUGGUGGCUGGUCCUUUUCCUGUUCGUAUUUGACCAAGUCGCCCCAGUUUCCGAGCGGCCGCGGAUCUUCGUUUUUGACCGCCUGUCCCUGCUAUACCUGACAGUGGCUAUCCCGUUGAUUAUAUAUUGCUCAUUGGUGCAUCAGCUUAUUUUCGGAUGGGACCGGUAUGAGUUUCUUCCGCUGAUGUUCAUGAGUAGCUAUUCUGCUCUGGGGGUAGUCGGCAGCUGGGUCGGGUUCAUGGUCGUCUAUUUCACCACAUGA